AGGAAGGGGGCCGGUCGCUUCUCCUGGCUGCCCGGCCGCUGGCUGUCCGUGAUGUGGAGACUGGGUGUGUGGUGGCUCCUGAGCAGGGUCUGUCUGCUGCUGCUGCCGCCCUGCGCCCUGGUGCUAGCCCGGGUGCCCGGCUCCUCCUCCCACCCGCAGCCCUGCCAGAUCCUCAAGCGGAUCGGGCACACCGUGAGGAUCGGGGCGGCUCACCUGCAGCCCUGGGCGGCUCCCUCCCGGACCCACCGCGGCUGGAGCUGGGGGGCGCACCAUGCCGCCCCGCGUGGAGGAGUGCCGGAUCCCGCUCCCGGAGCGCAGUGGCUCGGGACCAGCCUCGGGAACAGGGCGCAGCUGGGCACCGGGAACCCGCUUGGCAACGAGAGCGGAGGCCAGGAGCCGCUGCUGCUGCCCAGGGCCGCGCUGCUCUUGGGGGUGGAGAAUCUCAACCGCGUGAGCGGGCUGCUGCCCUACAACCUGUCCCUGGAGGUGGUGAUGGCCAUCGAGGCCGGGCUGGGCGAUCUCCCGCUCUUGCCUUUCUCUUCCCCCAGCUCCUCCUGGAGCAGCGACCCGCUCUCCUUCCUGCAGAGCCUCUGCCACACCGUGGUGGUGCAGGGGGUCUCCGCCAUCCUCGCCUUCCCGCAGAGCACAGGGGAGAUGCUGGAGCUGGAAUUCAUCUCCUCGGCCCUGCGCAUCCCGGUGAUCAGCAUCGUGCUCCGGGAGUUCCCGAGGGAGAGCCAGAAUCCCCUUCACCUACAACUGAGUUUAGAAAAUUCAUUAAGCUCUGAUGCGGAUGUCACUUUCUCAAUCCUGAAAAUGAACAACUGGUACAAUUUCAGCUUGAUGUUAUGCCAAGAGUGGAAUAUCACAGAUUUUCUCUUCCUCACGCAACAGAGUUCCAAGUUCCACCUGGGCUCCAUUAUAAAUAUUACCACAAAUCUAACUUCAACUAGUGACCUUCUGAACUACUUACAAGUUCACCUAGAGAGCAUUAAAGACACAGUAUCAACCAUGGUUAUGUUUGGCUGUGACAUGGAGAAGACAAGGAGGAUUUUUGAAAUAACCACCCAGUUUGGCGUGGUGCCCCCUGAACUUCACUGGAUUCUUGGGGAUUCACAAAACGUGGAAGAACUGAGAACAGAGGGUUUACCGUUGGGUCUCAUAGCUCAUGGCAAAACGACACAGUCUGUUUUUGAGCAUUACGUCCAGGACGCAAUGGAGUUUGUAGCAAGAGCUGUGGCAACAGCUACAUUGAUCCAACCAGAGCUAGCACUUAUUCCAAGUACGACAAAUUGCAUGGACAUAGAGGAAACAAAUCUCACUUCAGGGCAAUAUUUAUCAAAGUUUUUAGCCAACACGACCUUUAAUGGUCUCAGUGGCCACAUUAAAGUGAAAGGCUCGUCCAUCAUCAGCUCAGAAAACAACUUCUUCAUUUGGAAUCUGCAGCAUGAUCCUGUUGGGAACCCAAUGUGGACUCGACUGGGGAGCUGGCAAGAAGGAAAGAUCAUCAUUGAUCGUGGGAUAUGGCCAGAGCAGGCCCAGAGGCACAAAAAUCACAUCCUGCACCCUCCCCGGCUGCACCUGAGAGUGGUAACACUGAUAGAACACCCUUUUGUCUUCACGAGAAACGUGGAUGAUGAAGGGCUGUGCCCAGCAGGACAACUGUGCUUGGAUCCUCUGACCAACGAUUCAGCCAUGUUGGAUAGCCUCUUUGAAACCCUUCAUGGGCGCAACGACACCGUGCCCAUUGAGUUCAAAAAGUGCUGCUACGGCUACUGCAUCGAUCUGCUGGAAAAGUUGGCCGAGGAUAUGAACUUUGAUUUUGACUUGUACAUUGUUGGCGAUGGGAAGUACGGAGCUUGGAAAAAUGGCCACUGGACAGGUCUUGUGGGUGACCUUCUGGCUGGGACAGCCCACAUGGCAGUGACAUCAUUCAGCAUCAAUACAGCCCGUAGCCAAGUGAUCGAUUUCACCAGCCCUUUCUUUUCAACCAGCUUGGGCAUCUUAGUGAGGACCAGAGAUACCGCCGCUCCUAUUGGAGCCUUUAUGUGGCCACUCCACUGGACCAUGUGGCUGGGAAUAUUUGUUGCCCUCCAUAUCACAGCAAUAUUUCUCACACUGUAUGAGUGGAAAAGCCCCUUUGGGAUGACCCCCAAGGGAAGAAACAGGAAUAAAGUUUUCUCCUUCUCCUCUGCCCUGAAUGUCUGUUACGCAAUCUUGUUUGGCAGAACAGCUGCCAUCAAACCCCCCAAAUGCUGGACUGGACGGUUUUUAAUGAAUCUCUGGGCCAUUUUUUGUUUGUUUUGUCUGUCAACGUACACAGCGAACCUGGCUGCUGUCAUGGUAGGAGAGAAAAUCUAUGAGGAGCUUUCUGGAAUACAUGACCCCAAGCUCCACCACCCUUCCCAGGGAUUCCGCUUUGGAACGGUGCGAGAAAGCAGCGCUGAAGAUUAUGUCAGGCAGAGCUUCCCAGAGAUGCACGAGUACAUGAGACGGUACAAUGUACCUGCAACUCCUGAUGGAGUGGAGCACCUGAAGCAUGAUCCAGAGAAACUAGAUGCCUUCAUCAUGGAUAAAGCACUCUUAGAUUAUGAAGUGUCAAUAGAUGCUGACUGCAAACUUUUGACAGUGGGGAAACCGUUUGCCAUUGAAGGGUACGGCAUUGGCCUUCCUCCAAAUUCUCCACUGACCUCAAAUAUAUCUGAGCUCAUAAGCCAAUACAAGUCCCAUGGCUUCAUGGACGUGCUGCAUGACAAGUGGUACAAGGUCGUACCAUGUGGGAAAAGAAGUUUUGCGGUCACGGAGACACUGCAAAUGGGCAUUAACCACUUCUCUGGACUCUUUGUGAUGUUAUGUGUUGGAUUUGUCUUAUCCAUUCUCACCACCAUUGGAGAACAUGUAGUACACAGACUGGUCCUACCACGAAUCAAAAAGAAAUCCAAGCUGAAAUACUGGCUCCAUACAAGCCAGAGAUUGCAUCGCGCGUUAAACAGUUCAUUCACUGAGGACAAACACCAACCCAAGACAAAACGAGUAGAAAAGAGGUAA